AUGGUCUCCUACUCCUGCCACCCCACCAUGCCUUCCAACGACUUCGACCUGUAUCCCUCGCAGGAGGAGCAGCAGUACGGCCUGCUCGCCCACAGCCAGUAUCCCGCCUCGGCGCAGGCAUAUCACUUCACCACCUUCGACGCCCAGCCCAACAUCCACGCCUUCAGCGCCCCCCAGAGCAGCAACAUGUACGCCUUCAAGCAGAACUACCUCCCCUACUCGCCCGCUGCCUCGCCCGCCUCGGGCUCCCAAUCAUUCGAGGUCUGCCCGCCGCACCUCUCCACUGCCUCCGAGUCGACCGCGUCGGCCCAGAGCACCUCGCCCUCCGCAGCAGGCUCGCCGUCGAUGGGCCAGCAGUUCAUUGAGCAGCCGUGGAGCGUGCUCGGCCAGGGCCUGGGCCUGGCCCCGGGCCUCGAGCCUGCCGAGCCCUUCACCACGUGCGGCUUCGAGUUCGAGAGCAUGGUGGCGCCCGACAGCAAGAUCUCGGGAUGUGUUGACCCGACCCUGAUUCAGCCCUUCCAGGAGGCGCUCUCGUACGGGGGCUCCCCCUUCCAGGAUUUCUCUACUCCCUCGCUGCAGUUCCAGACUUUCGUGGAGCAGCCGCCCUCCCCCGCCCCCUCCAACACCUCUUCACACAACAACGUCGCCGACUCGAGGCGCUUCAAGCGCUCCGGCAGCCAGUCCCCUUACCUCCACCAGCAGUCCUUCCAACCCUACCCCACUUACAACAACGCCCGGCGCCCAUCCGCGGUAUCCGUCCAGUCCCGCCAGUCCCAGGCCAGCGGCCGCAGCAACAGCUUCGAGUUGGACGAGGAGUCGAGGGAGAAGGGCAUGUGCCCCAUUGAGGGGUGCGGCCGUGUGUUCAAGGACCUCAAGGCCCACAUGCUCACCCACCAGAGCGAGCGCCCAGAAAAGUGCCCGAUCACCACAUGCGAGUACCACCUCAAAGGAUUCGCAAGAAAGUACGACAAGAACAGGCACACCCUGACCCAUUACAAGGGCACCAUGGUGUGCGGUUUCUGCCCCGGCUCCGGCUCUGCGGCCGAGAAGUCGUUCAACCGCGCCGACGUCUUCAAGCGCCACCUCACGUCGGUGCACGGCGUCGAGCAGACGCCGCCCAACAGCCGCAAGAAGAGCCCGGCCGCCAAGAAGGCGUACACGGGCACCAGCACCGCAGGCACUUGCUCGACCUGCUCGGUCACGUUCGCAAACGCGCAGGACUUCUACGAGCAUCUCGACGACUGCGUGCUGCGCGUCGUGCAGCAGGCCGAGCCGUCCGAGGCGAUCAACCAGAAGCUGCUCACCAGCGUCGCCGACGACGAGGAUGUCAAGGAGACGAUGGAAAAGCACCACUUGCCCAACGACAUGCCCGAGUACACGGGCACGUACGACGACGAGGAGGAAGAGGAGGAGUACGACAACGACGACGCCAACGACGACACGUACGGCGGCGGCGUCACGCUGCCGUCGGCCAGCUCGCGCAAGAAGCGCAAAAACUACCCCGUGUCGUGGGGUUGCCCCACGGAGCGCAUGAAGAUGAAGAAGCGCGUCUUGUGCGUAUACGACGGGCCGCGCCGUCUGUGGAAGGACGACAUGAUGCUCGACCAGGAGUUCGAGGUCCGCAUGAAGCUGCCUGGCGGCGACGGCAAGCAGUGGGUGACGGACCUCGACGUGCAGACGCUGAAGCGCGCCGAGGCGCUACACACGAUGCCCGAGGAAGACAAGGGCGAGCCCAAGUGGGACAACGUCAUCGGGGGCGCACCAAUGUCGUUCGAUGCGGCCGAGCUCGCGAUAUGA